AGAAGUAGGAAAUGAAAAAUAAAAUGACUAGUCUGGAGAAAACUGAAGAAGCAAAAUUGAAGACAAGAUAUCCUCAUCUGGGACAAAAGUCUGGAAGUUCAGUUUUUUUAAGGAAAUUAUUGUAGAAAGGGCAAAAAUAUUUUGACUCUGGGAAUUGCAACAUAGCAAAAGCAGCGAUGAAAAACAAGCAACUUCCCACUGUAGCCCCAGAUAAUACAGAGGUCACUGGUGACCACAUUCCCUCUCCACAGCAGCUUCCUCAAUGGAAACCAUCCCUUGUUGCUAGCAAGUGACUGGCUGAUUAAAAGAGCUGACCUGCAUGAAUUUUCUAAUUCCCAUUAU